GCAAUGAAGAAAGAAGAUACGGUAUCUGACGAUGGGAUUGAUAAAUCGGGCGAGACGGUAAACGGAUGUCCUGAGCAAUCUUGGGUCGUCAACACUAAAGCGUCAAAAGCGGAGUUGCUGCCUUCCACCAAGGCCGGCGGUGGCCAAGGCUCCAAAUUAAUUUUAACUGUGAAGAGGAGACCAGCCAAAAAGGCUACGAACAUGACGGAAAUGAAGACUCGAUUAACGUCCCAGUCGAUCAAGAAGAGGGCUUCGGAAAGGCUCUUGAAGGCUCAGGUGACACCGGUCUCGGGCAAAGAGAGGUUCCUUGUGCCCAACUCAACCGGCCUGACCACUUCCAUGAAGAAGUACCGGUUCAGCUCCAGCAUGGCGUGGACAUCGGGCGUGCAAAUCUCACAGAAUGGAGAGCCUUUCAACCAACAGCCCAGCAUCAACCUGCCCUUGGCCGACGGUCAGGUCCUGUCAUGUCCUUUGGACACCCCGCUGGAUGAACUGAACGUGAAUGUGGACAGCAACUUUCUGCACACAAUGACGCAACUGAGGGAUUAUGUCAACAGCAUCUGCAGCCAAGUCACGGCCUUGACGAAUCCCGAGUUGUGCCCGGGGGCACCGUAGGGAGGUGCCUGCUUGCGGCCUGUGGCCAACUCGGAAGAGACAAUUCACUGUGCCGACACCUCCAUGUAAAGUAAAAAAAACGAAUCCGUAACGAAGCACAAUAUAUCUGCAUUCCGGUGUAACUUGCGUAACAUCGCCUGUGAGCACCGCCAAGAUAGUCAUUGAACGCAAUCUGACGCAGUUGUACGGUGUUUCUUUCCAAUUUUUUUUAACGCAAGAUUUUCCGCGCGCAGCGUUGCCCGUAACUAUUCAGAGCUAAGGAAUUGCCAAGGCGGCUACGGGAGGUGGGAUUUUGCGUCGCGCCGCGUGCAUUGACGCGGCGCGCUCCGUGGCGGCGAGACAGGCCGGUUUGAUGCCGUCUCUUGUCGCACGCAGAGUUGGUUGCAAAAACUUUUGCACGGACACGUCUAUUUGUUUUUAGAAGUCUGCCUGUUGGCCCAGUUUAUUGUUGUUGCGAUUAAAAACGUGUGAAAAUGGUUGAGCUGCGAAUGGCUCCACGUGGCAUUCUAGGACCUGUGUUCAUUUGAUUGUGCAUUGCUGGACUUGACAAUACAUUGAUAUGCUGUUGAUUUUGUUGAAUGUUUAUUAAUUCCAGAACCUUAACGCAUCAACGUUACAAUGCGCCCAUGCAAACGUUUCUUUUUUUGCAUCGGCGCAUUUCUAAGUCUUAGCAGUGCCACGGGUGUUUUACACGAUUUAAUAGUGACGUAUAAUUUUUUAUCCCGUCAAUCGCGUGGGUGAAGUUUUACAAACAUCACUCGGCGGCUGCGAAAGUGACCAGGAGAACAGCGUGGGGGGGGGGGGGGGCACAGCUGUGUUUGUUACCCAUUCCAUGUCCCCUUGUGUUCAUAGAGCAUUUGCGUAAUAAUCAUGCCUUGAAAAUCGAAUUGACCAAAUCCAAACUCGGCACUCUUCUCACACACCCGAAAGUAUUGUGACUUUCAUGUUUUUUUAAAUAAAUUGCGUAAUUUUUUAUUUAGAUCUGCAGUUCUGUUCUGUCCCAGUGGUUGGAAAAUGGAGUCUCGACGGGUACAGCUCCAAGUGUAGAAUUGGGCGUUAUUAAUCUGAAGACGGCAUUUAUAUAUAUUAACAAAAUCAACUAUUUCGGUCAAUUCAUUAAAGUCCAGAAGGGGUCAAUUGCCAAGUUCUUUUUGUGGAGGGCAUUUGGUUUUGCUCGUGUCAUUUUAACUUAAUACAUUGUUGCUCACAAUGUUGAAAUCCCAGCAUCUGUCUCUGUGCUAACUCUGAAAAAUGGUGACAUAUCAGUAUGGUGUAUCUCAAUUGAAUGAAUUGUCACAAAUUAAAUGAGGGAAUCCCACACAGCAACUGGCAGACUAAUACCCGCUUGGAUCGCCCUCUAGUGGAGACGACCCUGCCGUUAGCAGUGGCCCACCACCACCACCACUGCAGUUUGCAAGCUGUUUCAAAUUUCACUCGCACGGUGGGAAUUGUUCUCGCCACGGAGUGUACGGCGAGGCGUUGAUAUGAUAGAGCCACACGCGCUUGAGACGGGAGCCAGAGGCCUCGGCAGCCGUGUGUGGUACUCCCCCCACACCAUACCCCCCCGGUCGGCACGUGCGUGGAGGAUUUUGUUCUCUCGAGCUUUUGCGACGCGCUACUGCGGCAUCUUCAUGAUUGCGUUGGCAAAAGCUUGAGAGGUGGAAAAAUAAAAACGGUUCGACACGUGGCCUGAACCCGUAAGGCCAUGCGCGAAUUACGAGUGGCUAAGAAAACCCUAACGGCGCUCAAUGUCCAUUGUUAGACUUAGCAGGCUCCAAGUACAGAUGCUCCACCCCCCCCCCCCCCCCCAUUUUAAUUAAGGCCUCAUUCAAGUUUUAGCCCUGAGCCGGUGUUCAGCCCUUGUGAUUUUUUUUUAUAUUUAAGUGGUUGGCUGCGCGCAAUACAAUGUGGAUGUCGCCACUUUUCCCUCCCUCGUUACCACAGCGGGGACAUUUCUCGUCGAAAUCAAUUGUACUCGGCUGAACCGCGCCGUCUUAAAUGUCCGUAACAGCAGCCGAGUGAGCGAGCGAGAUUGUAACGGCCAUCCUCGCGGCGCCCAUCGGGGCGACCCCUCCCUUGUCAGACAACUCGACGAACUUACUUGGCUGUUCCUCGACCAAUGAAAUCAUACCACAUGCGUAAUGCGGUAGUAGUAUCUUUUUUAUUAUUCCGGUCGCUGGGUGCGUGUGGUUCAUGGUGUGGGGGCUCCCCCACUCAGCAGUAGAUUGACAAAAGUCUGUAAGUUAUUCAUUGCGUGGGUCUGUGUGUGAGCGGUGGUGGAGCGUUUUGCGCGCUGCGCUACGAACCCAGCGGCCCGGGCUUGAUUCCUGCUCACGGCCAACACCGGUGACGCUUACCUGAACUGGUCCUGGGCCUCCUCUAGGUCGGCUCAGCCUCAAAUGAGUACCUGGUGCAGCGGUGUGUAAACAUCGCCACUGGGGAAAGAAAGGCGGCCGGGCGUGGUGUUGGUCACCCACCCUCUCGUGUGCCGUGCUAGCCUUCGUAGGUGCUACUCGCUAACAGCCCCGAGGCCAGUCCCGUUACGUUUGCUCCUCUCUGUUCACAACUUUGACAUUAAUAUGACAGGGUGGUGGGCUAUGUUGGCACAAAAGCCCGAGCUGCUGCCUAUGAUCGCCUCUAAGGCACAGAGAGAGAAUGAGGAGAAUAUCUUGGCAAUGCUGACGCAAAGGGGGAGAACGACAUGUAAAAUAUCUUGAGCGGUGUGUUACUUACGUAAUUUACUUUCAGAUUUCCCAAGACGGCAACUCGGUUGGUAAUCCAGGACCGGUGAUCGUCGCAAUUUACCAUACCCGCUUCGUCUCGUGUGUCCACAAUCAAGACUACCGUCACGCGCAUAUACCACCGUCUUUGCCGUUCCAGUCCUUUUAAUUUUUUAAAUGUUUUGUGGUGGAACCAGAUAAACGAUGCUGUGUCUAGCUAUGCCGUGGCUUUUAUUUCGUGAGUUUUUUUUCCGCAAUUGAUUUUGGCGUGGGAAUUUUUUAAGUAUUUGUCUCGAGAGGCUUUUAUUUUACGCCGCCGCUUUGGUUGUUGUACACACUGCAUAACAUCGUCGCCGUACGCUUGUUUCUCAAACACGUGUAAGCGGAAUGGGAUGUUCAUAAAAACGUUGUAAUCCUAUCUAUCUUCAUGUAUUAUUUGUUUUGUUCUGUCAACGUCUGUAAAUAAAGCAAGAAAGGGUUAACCGA